AUGAGGGAACACUACGAGACCCCUGGGAGGGAAGCCGGCGCACGGAACAAUGACAACCUGCAGAGAGAAAAUCUAUUGAAGACGGUCCAUUCGCCACUUCACUCUGAUCCAUGGAGACCUCACAGACGGACUCAUCUAUUGGUCAAAGGUUGGCUGCUCAGACUCCGAGGUUGUUUGUCUUGCGUGUGUGGCAUAGAGUGGUACUGCUAUGUGGCACUCGGGAUUUCAACUGCAACUCUCAGUUAUGCUAUGGAUCUCAGCGUUACAAAGCUGAUAAGAGCUCACAAAUGGCUCUAUUGGAAUCUAGAUGGAAACAGUCUGCUGCAAUUCCUCUGCUGGACUCUUUACCCAGCAUGCCUGUGUGCAGUGGCGUCCUCUUUCUCCGACAGCAUCUGCCCCUUCUCCACAGGCUCUGGGAUUCCAGAGGUGAGGACGAUGCUAUCAGGCGUCGAAAUGCCUCAUUACUCAUCCCUGACUAACUUCUUUGCCAAGUUUCUGGGCCUCACCUGCACUCUGGCUGCUGGAAGUACUGUUUUCUUGGGCAAAGUGGGUCCAUUUGUGCAUCUCUCCACCAUGCUGGCGGGAUACCUGAGCAAUAUGUGCUCUCUGAUAAGUGAUAACAGUCAGGUGAAAAGUGGUGGAGAGAUGUUGACCGCUGCUGCUGCUGUGGGCGUAUCCAGCUGCUUUGGAGCUCCUGUCAGUGGUGUGUUGUUCAGCAUGGAAGUGAUGUCGUCUCACUUUGCCCUCAACAAUUACUACCCAUGUUUCUUCACGGCCGCCUGCGGGGCUUUGACCUUCCGGCUCUUCUCCGUGUGGAGCGGAGAGGAAGAAACUCUCCAGGCUGUAUUCCAAACUAAUUUCUCAACAUCUUUACAUUUUCUCCCAAUCGAGAUUCUGCUGUUUAUUUUCUUGGGGCUGUUGUGUGGAGUCGUGAGCUGCUGUUAUCUCUGCUGCCAUCGCCGGAUCCUGGAAUUCACCAAAACCAACUCACUUGUCAUCAAGAUGCUGACAACAGAAAAGGGUCUGUACUCAGGUGUGGUGGUCUUCCUCCUGGCUUCUGUAACGUUUCCCAACUCUGCUGGUAGAUUCAUGGCUUCUGAGCACACCAUGAAGCAGCUCCUGACCUCCCUGCUGGACGACACUCAGUGGACCUCCAUCUCCCAUAACGCUUCUGUUCAAGAGCCUCCUGAGCUUGGGCUACAGUGGGGCUCCUCUGAAUCUCCAUCCUUCCUCUCCCUGGCCGUCUUCCUCAUCAUGAAGCCCUGGAUGCUGCUGCUCUCCUGCACGCUGCCGCUGCCAGCUGGGUUCUUCAUGCCAGUUUUCAUCUACGGUGCGGCCUUAGGGCGCCUGCUUGUCGAAGUAGUGCACAUGAGUUCCACGACAAACAUCAACCCUGGGAGCUACGUGUUAGCAGGUGCCGCUGCGUUCUCAGGGGCUGUCACUCACACCCUGUCUCCGGCUCUUCUGACGGUGGAGCUGACAGGCCAGUUCAGCCACGCCGUACCUGUUCUUAUCGCCACGCUUAUCGCGAACGCCGUGGCUCGGCGUGGCAAUCGCCUGUCCUUCUACGAUGCUCUCUCUGUUAGCAAAAGGCUUCCACACCUGGCCUCUCUCACGCUUGCAUCUCCCCAGCUUUCCAUGACACCAGUCGGACGAGUUUUGGGAGGUAAAACCUUUCAUCUUCAGAGAUCUGCUGGCUCAGAAGAGAUUCGGCUGGCUGUCAACACCGGCACUCAAACCCAAAUCCCUGUGGUGGACUCACACGGGUCGUCCAUUUUUCUGGGCUUCAUCCUCAGAUCGGAGCUGCUGAGUCGCCGAGCCGAGACAGCAGAGGAGCGACUGGAGGAAGUGUGCCACAUUCACCAGGACACAGUUCAAAUUUCGCCUCAUGUCACGGUUCAAGAGGCUGACAGGAUCCUGAAUAUCACCGGAGCUCAGACGCUGUUUGUCACUGAGGCGGGACGCCUGGUGGGCCUCUUAACCCAGCAAGAGAUGAAGAGAAUACUAGAAGACUUGGCCAAAGAAAUCUAAUCAUCCAGGCAAAGAAGAAAAAAACAUCCGCUGACCUUUUCAGUUCCAACACAUCGCAGUCCCCGGAGACAAAUAGAACAAUGCGACACAAACAAAUUAAAAAGAAACUCGAGUGAAAGAUUCUGUAUUUCA